AUGCCACAUGCCACACCAGCAUCUAAUGAAGGUUUACAACCAGAGCUUCCACACUUUCCAGACAUUGUGCCAGACCCUCAGGUUUCAGAAUCUUUACCCAAAGAUCCUCCUGAGCCAAUAGCCCCAUCUUCAUCAUGUCCUCAAAGUGAUAACAACCAAGAUGUUGAGCAGAGACCACAUGGAGACCAACUAGAGGAUGGAUCAGUCGAUCUAAUACUACCAAAAGACCCUCCAGGUAUGGUUAAGGUUCAACUUCCAGGUAUGGUUAAGGUUCAACUUCCAGAUGCUGAGUCUUCAGCCUGUCUCUGUCCAUCUCACUUUUUACUAAUUGUGAGUGUUACUGUUGUCGUCAAACUGGUCAUCAUCUCUGCCAUCUUAGUCAAGCUGCUGAUGUUCAACUCUGAAACAGAAGAUUUGACUCCUCUGUGUGGUCUAAAUGGGAACUGCAGCAUCCCCACUCAGCUCCCCUUUCUGCCUAAAAACCCCUUCAACCAGACAGGAAACUUCACUGCAAAGUGCCUGGGUGUGGUCAAUGAGGGCCAACGCAUCGUAGGGGGAACGCUGGCAGCAGAGGGCAGGUGGGGCUGGCAGGUCAGCUUACAGUGGAAAGGGAGCCACGUUUGUGGAGGAGCCAUCAUCUCACCCCGAUGGGUCAUCACUGCAGCUCACUGCUUUGUGGAAAACGACAUGUUUGACGCGUCUGACUGGCUCGUGGUUGUGGACACUGUCAGCAUCACAGACAGGUCUCUGGGACAGCGCUACAGAACGCUGCAGGUCCUGUACCACCCCAACUUCAAUGAAUUCAAUGACUAUGACCUGGGCCUCUUGCGCACUGCUGAAAUGCAGAUGAGAGACGGGGUGCACCCAGUCUGUUUACCCACUUCAAGUGAGUCCUUCCCACCUGGAGCGUCCUGUUGGAUCACAGGCUGGGGACACAUACGUGAAGGAGGCUUUGUGUCAGACAAGCUCAGGCAGGCUCAGGUUCAUGUGAUAUCUCAAGCCAUCUGCUCCCACCCGAACGUCUAUGGAGUGCAUCUAACUUCUCGAAUGAUUUGUGCUGGCAACAUGGAUGGAGGGGUGGACUCCUGCCAGGGUGAUAGCGGUGGGCCCCUGGUGUGUGAGACAGUCAGUGGGGACUGGAAGCUGGCAGGGGUGGUGAGCUGGGGAGAAGGCUGUGGACGGCCCAAUAGACCAGGCGUCUACACCAGAGUAACCGAACUGAUCCAAUGGGUUGAAAACUAUAUUGAGGUAAUUAUUUUGUAUAAUCAGAAGUUCGUGACAAAAAACAGAGACCAGCUCAUUGGCCGGCUGCAGGCUACAUUAAAGCCAGAUCAGAGUCCGUAUGACCCUCCAGGGCCCACAGUGGAGACUGACGUGGAACCGUGUGACCCUGCUGGGCCCACGGUGGAGACUGAUGCGGAACCGGGUGACCCUCCUGAGCCCACGGUGGAGACUGACGUGGAGCUGUACAAUCCUCCUGGGUCCACGGCGGAGACUGACGAGGAGCGGUGUGAUCCUCCUGGGCCCACGGUGGAGUCUGUAGUCUCAGCAAAUGUGCUCUUGAGCAUGUCAAAACUGGGUGGAUGUACGAGGGCCUGCUCCCAGGUCCGUAUUCUGCAGACAACAGGAUCCUGA